UCAAUAUGGCCGCCCAUACAAAAACUGAGGAGAACAGACGUGGACCUACGAAGAAAGUGUGCUAGGACGUUGUUCUAUCCUUAAUUAUGGACGAACCGAUGGAGGCUGAGGCGGAUUCAACACAGCCAGAUUUGAAUCCAGAGGAAAAAGAUGACCAGUCGAACAAAUCUCCACUUUUACGCCCUGGAAAUAUGGUGAUGAUGACCAUUACAACAGAGGAUUAUGAGUCACUUUACUGGCCGAAGCUGGAGGGGGCCAUCAACCAGCUGCUGACAAUGUCUCCAGGACAGUACAUGGCCAUCUCCUAUGAACAAAUGUACAGCUGUGUGUACAAGUGUGUAUGUAAACAGUUUUCUGACCGCCUAUACACUGACCUGAUGAACCAUAUGAUACGGCACCUCAAAAACCUCAACCAGCAACUAGAAUCUAGUAUGCAUGUAGAAAACUCCAAGUCUUUCUUAGAGAAGUUUUCCUUCCUGGUAAAUCAGUAUAUCUUAGCGCUUGGAGGUAUUGUACCAAUCUUUAAUUAUAUGAAUCGUUUUUAUGUUGAAACCAAAUUAAAGACGGAUCUUAAUGAAGAACUGAAGAAGCUUUUUAAACUACAUAUAUUAGACCUUCAUAUAAGUGUUUUAUUAACAUUAUUAGAAGAAGCAAAUGCAAAACCUUUCACGAUUUCCCCGCCAGUGAUGGCCAACACCAUCAAAAACAUUCACUCCAUAAAUCCAGAAUAUGCCAAGAUGAAACCCGAAUUGUUUGCUAAGUUCAUUCCAAGUAUACUUCCCCAGACCUCUGUGACGGACCUUGACCGCUACAUCGAGGAGGCACAACAGAUACAAAGAGACUUAAAAGUCCUUCCCGACUUUGACAGCUGUCCUUCACGAAAUAAACGUACAAAUGAAGAUGAUGGUAGAUUUGCCAAAUAGUGUGAAGUGAGGAAUGAAAAGCACUUGUGAUAUGAUUGAGAGAGGUGAUAACUGCUUGCUGCAACAAGGAAGUGGCUGACAGAUUACUUGUGCGAAAAUGGAGUGAAAGUCUGAGAAGAGGGUUGAUAGAAUUGGGUUGAUAUCUGGGCGGUACAGAUGGUUGUGAUAGGCUUAGAUGAGUAGAUGUCUGAGGGUACCGGUAUUUGUGAGAGUAAUGCUUGUUGGGGCACCAACCUGCUGCGUCAGGGGCUGAGAUCAUGGAGUGAUGUGGGACGGACAGCUGCAGGUUGAUUUCAUUUAUCAGUAAUUAAACAAUUCUGUGUAGUUAAGUCUUCAAAUUGUUCUGCUUGAGAUCUCUACACCAGUAAAUCAAUGAGGAUUGGAAAUAUCGCAAGAUUUCAUUUAUUGGAUAUUUUUUUUCUCAAUAUGUAAUUUUUUGGUUUGGUCUACAGUAAAAAGAUGUAAAUAUUGUCAUGUAAUUUUUCCCUACUUUGAGAAGCAUGUAUUGGAAUUGCAAAACAACUUUUGCUUGUAAUUUUGAAAUUUGAUUUUUUUAAAUUUUAAAAUGGAAUUAAAAUUACACAAAGCGAAAACUUUUAUAAUAUUUUAACUGAAAACCCUGUCCUCACAUUAUCUGACCUUUAUUACGAUGUAAUGUAGCACCAAGUGUAGAUUUGUGUACCUUUGCUGCUUUUUAGAUUUGUUUGUGUAUAUAAUUGACAAAAUUGUCUUGUUUUUACAGUUCUUAUUUUAAAUUGAAGACUAAUUUGAAAUAAAAUGUAUUCAGAAAUCCUUAAUAGUAAGGGUAACAGUUGUGUGGAAGACAGUAAGAUUAACACAGGGGCAUUACAGACAAGCAUCACACAGGGUACAAUGUAUAUUAUUGAAGUUUGAUCAGUGAUAUCAUACCUUACGAAUGUGUAUUGAAAGAGAUCAGACUGAAACUAUUGGAUAAGUCAAUAUAUGUACAUGUAUUACGCAAUAUUUAAAGGAUUUUGUAUGCUUCCUUGUGGGUUAAAAACACAUGUUACCUGUCCGUGCACAAUCAAUGGAAUUAUUUAAAGAUUCAAUGAAAGCAAAUCCUUUUCUUUACAUGUAUUCCUUUUCAAUAGUUUGUUUUUGUUAGAACACUGGGUUUUUCACUGAAAAUUGAAUAAGAAUUAUGAACGUGGAUUUUAAAUGAUAAACUUAUAGGGUACUUAUUUUAGCAGACACAAAUUUCAGAGUAUUAUCAAAUUUUGACAGAUUCGUGCAUUGAUGAAUUGGCACACUUGUAAUGUAUGCAAUCGAAAACUAAAUAGAGAAUUUUCAAUCAGCCCCCCCAAAAAUUUGUGCAAUGUUUAAAAUGCAAAAAGUGCAUAAUUAUAGUACUGCUAAAGUUUGUAUUACGUUAACAGUACCCUGGAGAUAUCCCAGUGAAUAUUUAUGUUGUCAUGACCACACAUCAAGGAAAUGUUAAAAUCGUGUUUGUAUUACAAGGAGUCGGUCUGAGUCGAGAAAAGAUGCAGUAAAACCCUUAAAUGGAGCCCAGUGGGAGUGUGUUUGUAACCUGCUUGAUAUAUAAAUGGUCCAGUUGAUCUUCAUUUGUGUAUCAAUGAUAUGGUUGAAUGUCAUUGUCUUGAUCAAGUGUGAAAUUGUUUGUUUCGAGAUUAAGAAAUAAUAUUUCAUAGGCAAUUGUAAUAAAUGUAAUAUUUUUUUCCAUUUUACAUACAUAAGAAAAAUAUUUCUUACAGAUCUAUUAUUAGUCUAACAUAAUUUGCUAUCCCAUAGCCAUCAUAUGAGAGUUUGAACAUAGUACCCAAUUCAUCUUUUUCAAUUUACUACCUACAGAUGCAUCCAAAGAAAACAUAACAUUUAAUUUAUUUAUUUUUACAAUUUUGGUUCAACAUUAUUUCACCCAUACAUACUGUAUAUAGCAGUAGUAUGCUGCUCUCAAAUAUUUCAUUAAUCUCAUAUAUUGGAAAUAAUAAUUUUCAUAAGUGUGAAGUAUUUACUUUCCCUAAUGUGAUACAAAGUGAGGUAAGAAAUCUGGAAAUUCACUGGAAAUUUUGUUCACGCUCUUAAAAAGUAAAAAACCAAAUGAAGAGGGAUGAUAUUGAUCUUAUGAAUGCUUCAAAUAAACAAUCCCUACAUUACAAAAAUGAAAACUAGUGGUUUGCUUUAUUUUGUUGUUUAUCAGCUAUAACCUUUUAGAUUUAUGCAUUUUAUUUUUUUUGCUUUUUAUAUAAAAACUGAAAGAAAUAGAGAGAAUCCGUAGAUGUUAUUGAAGUGGUACAUCAUUAAUCGAUGUCUGGGCUACUGGAAAUGUUUUUUGGGCCUCAAUAAUUUGUAAUCUGGAUCUCAUUUAUCUGUUAUCAGGUUCCCAGUAAUCAAAUAAUUUGUGUCUCAUUUACCUAAAAUUCAGGAUCACAAUUUUAAAGACUAUGCCUCAAAAUUCAGAAAGUCUGAAUGUCAAUAACCUGGUAAUGUAAUGCUGAAACUUAAAAACUAUUGAAUAGUACUGAAUCAUAUUAAAAAGACUAUAAACAAGAUCAGGUACAACAUUUCAAAGCUGGCUAUUGAUUUGUGUUGACAAAUCUACCUGCAGCUGUUUCUUGGGCAAAAAAUAUGUUCAAUCUAUAUUAAGAAUAUGUCAAUUUAUAUUAAAAAAUGAAGUAGAUUUUUCUGACCAUUCUCCUUUCAAAAUUGUGUUCCAAUAUAGCACAGGUCUGUUUUAUGGUGUGAAAUUAGCAUUCUGUUUUGAACUUUUUAAAAUUACAACUGCUGUUUUAUUAUUUGUUUUCAUUCAUUACUUCUCAAAUUUGUUCUCUUUGUUUUAUCAACAACUAAAAAAGAAGAUCUAGAUAUUACAACAUUGCCUUAUAAAUUCCCCUUAUAAAACAUCAAUAACAUUAUCAUUCAACCCAAAAGGUGUAAAAGAAAUACUGUUUUAUUGUGUUCAUUUUAAAAGUGUCUAAAUAUUAUGCAUAAUUGUUUUUGAAUAUUUGUAUUUGUAAACAUGAC